GCCCCCCCAAACCGAAUACGAGAGUGCGCGCGAGAAAUGCAGCGCGAGACACACACCGAACAGCCCCGAUAAACCCCGCCGAAUCCACGCGCACGGGAAAAAAGACACUGGGAGGAAAAAAAACAGCAGACGCCUGAGAAAGGAGUGACAGGAAAGUCCACCGCCGACGGCCAGAGGUAAAAUGGGAGGGAAGCUGAGCAAAAAGAAGAAGGGAUACAAUGUGAACGACGAGAAGGCGAAAGAGAAGGACGCAAAGACGGAGGGAGCGUCGGCGGAGGAGGGCGAAGCUCCUAAGGAGAACAAGGAGGAUGCUCCUGCCGGCACUGAGACAAAUGACACGGCGGCAGCCGCCAAAGAAGCCACGCCCACCGCCGAAAGCAAUUCCACCGCACCCAAGGAGGAGGAGAAAAGCACCGCCCCUGCAAAGAAGGAGGAGCCUGCAGCGAACGCUAACGCUCCUAAAGCUUCUGACGCCAAGAGCAGCGAGGCUGCCAAAGCAGAACCCGCCAAGAGUCCAGAUGCCCCUCCUGCCAAGGCGGAAGAAAAAUCCGCCUCCGCUGCAGCUCCGGCCAAUGAGAAAGAGGCUGCGAAAGAGCCCGCUAAAGAUCCCGCCCCUCCUGUAGCCACAGCGACUGAGAGCAAGCCCGACGCUGAGUCUAAAAAGACUGAGGCUCCGCCCGCAAAAGAAUCCGCCCCCGCAGAGCCAAUCACCACGGAGAGCAGCCCCGCCCCCAACAAGGAGCAAGCAGUCGCUGUGCAGGAUUAACAGAAGGAACAGUAAACGACAAGAUGAUAAAUGAGAUCAAAUCUAAAUAAUAAAACUAGCCCGCCCAUUUUAAAUUAUAUCAGUAAUUAUAAUAUGAAUAAUGAUAAUAGUAACAAUAACAAUAUUGAUUUUAACAGGCUGGACUUUGAUCAUUGUGUUGGUGAUGGACAUGAUCAUGGUGAAUAAGACUGGCAGUUAUGACGAUAUUAUCUUUAAUAUCCAAUUGAACUUUGAUACAAACCACCAGCCCCCAACUCUCUCUCUCUCUCUCUCUCUCUUUAUCUCCUCUCUACUCUUUCUUUCUACCUCCAUUCAAUGAGGGGUGGAAUCAAAACAUGGAAUCUAUUCAUUGCCACCCUCCGAAUCUCACUUCCCUCCAUUUGAGUGUGAUGGCAGUGGGUGGGGUUAAUAUAUAUGUGUGUGUGUGUAUGUGUGUGUGUAUGCGUGAGUGACGGUAGUAGUAAAAGUAGUAAUCCAGCCUCCCUGAUACAUAUUUCAUAUUUCCUGUUUGCUGCUUUCUAGUUAGUGAUUGGCAUUGUGUCUUUGCUUAUCCCCUGACUUUCCUACUUUCUUUGUUUCUCUCUCUCUCUCUUUUUCUCACAUAUCAGUGGAAACUAAAUCAGUGUGUUGCACAAUGCAUCAAACACACACAUACACACACACACACGAACAGUAUUGAAUGUUAACAGUAUUAGCGUUUUUAAAGGAACAGUUCGCCCAAAAAUGAUCUAAACCUGUAUGACUUUUUGUCUUCCGCAGAAUGCAAAAAGAAAGAAAAUUUUGCUAAACGAGCUUGUUCCUGUGCAUGAAAGUGAAUGGCGACUAUAUCUGUCAAGCAAGAUUUUGACUUGGAAUUUAGUGCACAAGCCGUAUGGACUAUUUUUGUGAAGCUUUUAUGGUGCUAUUUUGUCCUGGACAGCCUUUGGUCCCCAUCCACUUUCACUGUAUAGGAAAGAGCAGCGUGAACAUUCUUCAAAACAUUUCCUUUUGUGUUACACGUAAGAAGUGAGUCAUACAGGUUUGACAUGAAGAUGAGUAAAUGAUCACAGAGUUUUAAUUUUAACGUGAACUGUCCCUUUAAUUGGAUGUUUCAAUUAAAGUGUGUACAUGUGUGGAGGGAAUCAGGAGUAUGAAAUGAGUGUGUGUAUGGAGUUACACAUGAGCAUGCAUUUUCUGCAUGUGUGUGUGUGCGUGUGUGUGUGUGUGUGUGUGUUAAUGGAGUUCUGGUCUUUCUGUACUUUGAAAGCAGCAGAUGUCAUGAUGUUAGAGAGACAGAGAGAGAGAGCCCAGACCUCCAAACUCACCAAACAGGACACACUUCACACACACCGAUCUCUCAAUAUGCUGACAGAACAAUGUGAGCGUUGUGUGUAUCUGUAUGUGUGAGGCUGUGUGUGUGUUUUUGCAUGUCAGUGGUUGGCCCUAUUGUUGUGUAUUUUCGGUUGCUGUGGAGAUAAUGUUGCUACAGGUGAUUUUUCAUUUGAAUUAACACACACGCUCUCUCUCUCUUUCUCUCUGUUUCUUUCUCUAUCAUUCCUUUUCUUUCCAAAAUUCCCUGGUAAAAAAAAAAAUAAAAUAAAAAUAAAAUGGAAGAACUGAGAUAUAUGUACUUGUAUACAUGGAGCAACAUUAAUAAAAUGAAAGAAACAGAUUGAAAAUCA